AGCGCGGCGCGGCGGAGCGGGGCCAGCCGGGCGGCGACGCGGCCACACACCUCGAACCAGAACCAGCGACCUCCGGGGCGACGCACGGGGCCCAGGAGCGCGAUGAGGGAGACGCUCGUGGCCCGGGGCGCGCUCGCCGGCGCGCUGCGGGCGCUCUGCGUCCUGGGCUGCCUGUUGGGCCACAUCGCCGCUGCGCCAUCGCCCAUCAUCAAGUUCCCGGGUGAUGUCGCCCCCAAAUCGGACAAAGAGAUGGCCGUGCAAUACCUGAACACCUACUACGGCUGCCCCAAGGACAAGUGCAACCUGAUUGGGCUGAAGGACGCGCUGAAGAAGAUGCAGAAGUUCUUCGGGCUGCCCGAGACGGGCAACCUCGACAAGCGCACCAUCACGACCAUGAAGAAGCCGCGCUGCGGCAACCCCGACGUGGCCAACUACAACUUCUUCCCCCGCAAGCCCAAGUGGGAAAAGAAGGAGAUCACGUACAGGAUCAUUGGCUACACACCUGACCUUGACCCCGAGACGGUGGAUGAUGCCUUCGCCCGCGCCUUCCAAGUCUGGAGUAACGUGACCCCCCUCCGGUUUUCUCGUAUCCACGAUGGAGACGCCGACAUCAUGAUCAACUUUGGCCGCUGGGAGCAUGGAGAUGGAUACCCCUUCGAUGGCAAGGACGGGCUCCUGGCUCACGCCUUCGCCCCGGGGCCAGGUGUUGGGGGAGACUCCCACUUUGACGACGAUGAGCUGUGGACCCUGGGAGAAGGGCAAGUGGUCCGAGUGAAGUACGGGACCGCCGACGGGGAGUACUGCAAGUUCCCCUUCAUGUUCAACGGCAAGGAGUACAACAGCUGCACCGACGCGGGCCGCUCCGACGGCUUCCUCUGGUGCUCCACCACCUACAACUUCGACAAGGACAACAAAUACGGCUUCUGCCCCCACGAGUCCCUGUUCACCCUGGGUGGCAACGGUGACGGACAGCCCUGCAAGUUCCCGUUCAGCUUCCAGGGCACCACCUACAACAGCUGCACGACCGAGGGCCGCAGCGACGGCUACCGCUGGUGCAGCACCACGGAGGACUACGACCGCGACAAGAAGUACGGCUUCUGCCCGGAGACCGCCAUGUCCACCAUCGGCGGGAACGGGAACGGCGCCCCCUGCGUCUUCCCCUUCACCUUCCUGGGCAAGAAGUACGAGCGCUGCACCAGCGACGGCCGCAGCGACGGGAAGGCCUGGUGCUCCACCUCCGCCAGCUUCGACGACGACCGCACCUGGGGCUUCUGUCCCGACCAAGGGUACAGCCUCUUCCUGGUGGCAGCUCACGAGUUCGGCCACGCGAUGGGGCUGGAGCACUCGCAGGACCCCGGAGCGCUGAUGGCCCCCAUUUACACCUACACCAAGAACUUCCGCCUGUCCCACGACGACAUCAAGGGCAUCCAAGAGCUCUACGGGCCCAAUCCUGACACUGACACCGGCCCCGGCCCCUCCCCCACGCUGGGACCCGUCACCCCCGAGAUCUGCACACAAGACAUCGUCUUUGACGGCAUCGCUCAGAUCCGCGGGGAGAUCUUCUUCUUCAAGGACCGGUUCAUCUGGCGGUCGGUGACGCUAGGCGAGAAGCCCACGGGGCCCCUGCUGGUGGCCACUUUCUGGCCUGAACUUCCGGACAAGAUCGAUGCUGUGUACGAGGCCCCCCAGGAGGAGAAGGCGGUGUUCUUUGCAGGGGAUGAGUACUGGGUCUAUUCGGCCAGCACCCUGGAGCCCGGGUACCCGAAGCCGCUGACCAGCCUGGGGCUGCCCCCCAGUGUGAAACGAGUGGAUGCCGCGUUUAACUGGAGCAAGAACAAGAAGACAUACAUCUUUGCUGGGAAGAAGUUCUGGAGAUACAACGAGGUGAAGAAGAAAAUGGAUCCCGACUUCCCCAAGCUCAUCGAAGACGCCUGGAACGCCGUCCCCGAUGACCUGGACGCCGCGGUGGACCUGCAUGCUGGUGGUUACAGCUACUUCUUCAAGGGCCAUUACUACCUGAUGUUGGAGAAUCACAGUCUGAGGAACGUGAAGUUGGGAAGCAUCAAGUACGACUGGCUGGGCUGCUGAGCUGGCCGCAGCGCCCACCGGCCCGGCGUCUCCAUCACGCUCUGCACGCCGGGCCCCGAGCGCCAGGGAAGGACCCGGAUGGGCCUGGCAGCCUUCAGCUCUGUGGUUAACCAGCAUUCUCACCGCCACCUGGUAAUAGAAGAUUCCGGAGAGUGACUGUGCCCUGUGCCCAAGGAAAGGGGCUCCUUACCCCUCCAUAGCCCACCGGCCUUCCAGGCCACUCCAAAGAGAGGCUUUGAUAUCCUCAACACGGCCCUGCCCAGGGCCGCCUGGUGCUGCCACACCUCAGGCUCUCCUCCCUCCACAACCUCCUGUGGCUCCCAGCCCAGAGGGACUGUCUCAAGAGGGCACUGGUGGCCCAACAGGCUGGCCUCACCUGGCCUGGGGGAGAAGCGUGGCCAGGAGGCCACCCAGCCACCUGGCUUCCCACUGCUGGCUGCCUGAGAACCUUCUCUGGAUGCACUUUGUCCUUUUCUUUCCAACCUUUUUUUUUUACUUUUCCACUUUGAAAUCGCAUUUCCUGACAGAAGGACUCGGGCCGUCUGAAGUCACUGGGUGAGGCGUCCCAGCCCACCUUGCGAUGGUUCCCUGGCUCACUCUAUUAUUCCAAAUCUAUCCCCUCCUUUCCUCCACCGGAUGGAGGAAAACCGAGCCACGGCUCCCUGCUCCGCCCUCCCCUCCUCGCCCUUCAACAAUUCCCCAUGGGAAAUGUCAACAGUACGAAUAAAGACACUAAUUGAG